UUGCCUUCGGCCUCUAUGCUGUGUUUCUUUUUUUUUUCAUGACCUCCCUGCCUGCUCUGCUGUGUUGGGUACCUUGAUCUCGCUUUGCUGUUGUUGCCUUUGUUUUUUUGUACGGCUGGCUGUCUGCCCAUCUGCCGCCUCUUUGCCCUGUUUGCUCCGUUACUCCCAUGCCCUGGUGCGCAGUGCCUGGUGCUGGUACGUUACGUUACCCUUUCAUUUUUUCUUUCGGCGGGUGUGGGAAGCGUCCUCCUUUAUUUAUUUUUUUUGUUAUUUUUGUUUUGUUUUAUUUUGAUCGGUGUCCGAGGGCUCUUUUCUCGAACAGUAGGUGCGAUACCUGUUCUUUUCUUUCUUUCGAUCAUUUUGUUUUCUUUUUCCGAGUGGUAUUCUUCUUUCGCAGCAAGAAGAACAGCUGGCCCCGUAAACAAAAACAGUUGGGCAUUAUUCUCUUGUUUGGACAGAAGGACCAAAAGAUAUCCAUAAACUUUAACCAACCAAUUACGAUACGAACAAGCCUGUCUGGUGAGAAGGACUCCGAUCUUUCUUGUGUGUUGUUUUAUGCACCAUUGUCGCGGGCAGGCAAUCUCGUGGCUUGGAGACACGUCACAGUUCGGUGUCAGCAGGGUGAUGGACAUCUGCCGCGCGAGCUCGACGACCCUGGACGUGGACGCUGGUCCUACUCCUAACCGUGUAUCAUUCCAGAAUAUUUAUGGCGUACCGAACGCUAACAACCACGUUGGAAGCACCACCCUGUCAGAUUCGUCUGUAGCUACAGAUAUUUUCAACCCUCGCGAACGUUGCGACACAUUAACCCACAUCGUUUUCAACGUAUCCCUGCAUUUUUUCCGGUGGAGCCAGCGCGUUUUUUUACCGUUGAUCGAUCUGGCGACAUCGACGGAGUUCAAGAACAGUCCCCUGCGUACCGAGGGAAGGCUAUUAUCUAACUCGCCCUCCCCCCCGGUCCUACACUCUACCACCUGGUGGGGACGUACGUACAUCUCUACGUGCCCUCCGAAGACGAAUGUUCUGUUCUCUACGCUAUACAAACUGGACCAGGCGGACGGGCUGUGGCCUAGGGUGUUCGAUGAACUCUCGAAGCACCAUGUCUCGUCCUUCACGUUUGUCCGCUUCACUCUUGCUACUACCGGUGGCGGCGUUGCUCCUGAUUCUCAUGGAAAAUAUAUCAAGCUCACAACACGCGGUUCGGUCCGAGACACGAGCUACACGGCCUUCCAUCGCGACCGCGAUAAGCAGAUCAGCGGCCUGUGGGAGCCGUCCACGUGGGUGGAUGUGGUUCUGCCAAUCGCAAGGUAUGCCGGACUCGUAGCGCGCGUGGUAAAUGACUUCUCGACGUCGACCGACAUGUUCAUGGUUGAGGUGACGAAGCGGUUUCGCGACGCUGUUCUGCUCGACACUGCAUUUCAGAAGGCAGCGACGGAAACUCUGCCCAACCUGAUAGCAGCGUGGAAGGUGAAUUGCGUAUGUAUACCAGCAAUUUUCGGGGUUGGAUGUGCGGAAGCUGUCUGGGACUUGUCAUGGCAAGUCGGGCCCUCUCGAAGAAGGGACAAAUUCCAAACAGCAGCCGGCGUUGUGUCCAACACGUUGGCGACUCCUUUUCUCGAUCUCCGCGCGCGAGACCAGGGUGGCGGUAGAUGGGAAGUUGUCAUGAAGAUCAACACGUUCUUCGUGGUACAACGGGCUGCAGUACAGCCGCUGAAUUAG